GAUUUUGCUCUGAAUGAUGAUACUGAGCUCCAAGAUUUGCAUAAUUGGAGAUUCCCGAAAUGUAUCAUGCUACACAGUCACAGGCAUUGCAUUACAAGCGUGUCGAGAUGCUGUUUGCAGCUGCAAUGCUGCUGUUUCCGUCGGUUCUGCUCGGUGGUGUUGCCGGCGAAGAUUUGCCGCUCUUCAAGGCAGCGAAUCUGGGCGGAUGGCUGGUGGUCGAAGGCUGGAUGACACCCUCGCUUUUUGACGCCAUUCCUAAUAACGAUCUUCUUGAUGGAACUCAAGUACAUAUAAAGUCUGUAAGGCUCAAUAAGUAUAUAUGUGCAGAAAAUGGUGGUGGUUCAGCCUUAAUGGCGAACCGGGACAUCCCUAAAACAUGGGAAACUUUCAGGUUAUGGAGAAUCAAUGCAACAACUUUCAAUUUUAGAGUUUCCAACAAAGACUUUGUCGGAUUUAGCACUCAAGGCCGAGGAGUUAAACUCGUUGCUCGUGAUGAUGAACCAGGCACAAAUGGAACCUUCAAUAUUAUAAGAAACAGUGAUGAUCCAUUGCGAGUACGAAUUCAAGCAUCAAAUGGCCUUUUUCUGCAGGCCGAGGCAGAAAGUGCCGUGACAGCAGAUUACUCCGGAAAUCUUGAUCAAUGGGAGGAUCAAGAUCCCUCAGUAUUUGAAAUGCAUAUUGUGAAGUCCUUACAGGGGGAGUAUCAGUUGACCAAUGGCUAUGGUUAUGAUGAAGCUUCAAAGAUAAUGAUGAAUCAUUGGAACACUUACAUUGUGGAAGACGAUUUCAGAUUUAUGAGGCAGAAUGGUCUCAAUGCUGUUAGAAUUCCAGUCGGUUGGUGGAUCAUGUACGAUCCUAUGCCACCACAGCCAUUUGUCCCCGGCUCUUUGCUAGCUUUAGAUAAUGCUUUCAAGUGGGCUCUCAACAACAAUAUGAAGGUCAUCUUGGAUCUCCAUGCAGCACCGGGAUCUCAAAAUGGUAAGCAUCACAGUGGAAGCAGAGAUGGAUUUAUCGAAUGGGGAGAUUCUAAAAUACUUGAAACAGUUGCAGUCAUAGACUUCUUGGCAAGAAGGUAUGGGGCACACCCAAGUCUCGGAGCUAUUGAAUUGAUGAAUGAGCCACUGGCUCCAGGUGUAACAUUGGACAGCUUGAGAGAGUAUUAUACAGCAGGUUAUGAAGCAGUCCGAGAAUAUAAUCCGACUGUUUAUGUGAUUCUGUCAAAUAGAUUGGGCGAAGCAGACAGUGCAGAGCUGCUUUCAUUUGCUGCAAGGCUCAAGUACUCAGUCAUAGACGUGCAUUACUACAAUCGGUAUUCAGACUAUUUUAAGGGUUUGAAUGGCCAGCAAAACGCUGAGUACGUCUACAAGAAAAGAUCAAAGCAGCUGCAGGAAAUCACUCGUAAAAAAGGUCCUCUGAUAUUUGUUGGGGAAUGGACAGCUGCUUUGUACAAUGACAAUGCUUCCAUGGAAGAUUACAAAAAAUUUGCCAAAGCUCAGCUGGAUGUGUUCGGAAAGGCUACAUUCGGGUGGGCUUAUUGGUCAUACAAGUGCGAUCAAAACUAUUGGAGCUUCAAGUGGAUGAUUGAGAACAACUACAUGAAGCUUGGAUGAUUCUGGGAUUAGGUAUUUCUAUGUUAAUAUAGCAUUUAUAUACGCGCAUGUUAUUAAAUGGAUCGAUCCAACAAUAAAUAUAUGAUACAGACAUAUCAUAUAUCAUCCUCUUUAUUUUUCACUUGUAUUUAUGUAUAUUUAAGUUCAGGUGUAUUCAACAUAUUUUACAGAUACGAGCAUGAAUAAAUAAAUCUUGUGAAUUUA